AUGGUUUUCUGCAUGCACUUCUCCAUUCUUGUUUUCAGUGAAAAAAGAAAGGCAUCAUCGAAAGACGAAAAUGAAAAGUUGAAAGAAAAGACAAAAACAGAAAGGAAAAAACGAAAACGAGUAAAGAACUUCUCUGAUACUAGCAGUGAAGAAGAAGACAAUUCUGCGAGUACAAGGCAGAGCAGUGGUAGUACUGACAGCACACCAAUACCUGAUCAGCAGAAUCGUGAUGUGAAACCUGAACCACAAAAAAUGCGCAAAAGAAAGCGAGUGCUCAAGUCCAAAACCUAUUUGAAUGAUGAAGGUUAUAUGGUUACAGAAAAAGUGUUUGAGAGUGAAUCAGCGAGUAGCAGUGAAGAUGAACAAAAGAAUCCAAAAACAAAAGUCGAAGUAAACAAGCCUAUAGUGAAAGAUUCUGUACAACCACCUAAAAAGAAACCGGCAAACAAAGCAACUAAACAGGCAUCACUUACCAGCUUUUUUAAAAGAACGUAGUUGUUAUCAUAUCGAAUUACUUCCAAUGUUAAACUUGCCGAUCAAUCGCGUGAACCCAAGCUCGCAUUAUAAAUGGAUACAAGUAGCAAGGGGACAUAACGGCGGACUAACCGAAUAAAUAUCACGUGCCUGCUUUAUUUUCUAACGAGGCUUGUUUUCGUGUUAACACCCAACCUCGUAAAAAUCUCAUUUCCACAUUCCCAAAAUGGAAUUUUCUCAUGCUUGUGUUGAACAGUUGAAGCAUGUUUCGCAUUGCAUGCACAUAUGGCUCGUGGGAGUAAAACUUGAAAUUCGCUGAAAUCGGAAAGACACUGAAGAUUGUUAACCUGAACCCUGUUGUUCAGGCUACAAGGUUGGGUAUUAACCCUUGGUUGGAUAUGAGUUGGCCGAGGUUGGAUCCAGUGAGAAACUCUAUAUAUAUAGAACUCACUGGUUGGAUCAGUGGCUCAUGUUCUGGGUCAGUGGUCAGUGGGUUGCGUCGAAAAUAGCCUGCAUAGCAGGAGGUCCUUCAAUCGAAAACGAAAACGAAAGCUCGAACAUGAUCGCAAGCUGGAGGUUUAUAAUAGAAUGAUGGUAUAAAAAGAUUAAAAAGGUUACUGUUAGUACAGUAUAGUUCAAAUUGUGUCAAAAAGGAUUUCUCUAUUUUGAAUAUAUUUCUUUAGGUGAGUGAUAUAGUUCAUAGAUCCAUUGCUUCCAACUCCCAAGUUGCGAAUAAAGCAAAUAAGCAUUUUGUAUAUAUGUACAAAAUAAAAUACUAGAUUUUAGAGCCUUCAGCUCUAUUCACUUACAUUUUAUACAGUAAAACUAAAAGAGAGGCCGAUAACUGUUGUACUUCCAGGCAUGUCGGUUGGAACUAAGUAAUUUUUUU